CCUCUGCUGGACAGCAGCUGAAUGAUUCACAACUAACAAAAGGCUGCGUUCUGUGAAUUUGAACCCCCUCCCCUUCCACAGAUGAUUGUAUUGUCAUUGUUCUUUGAUUUCAUUGGUGCCGUCUGAGAGCGGUGAUGGGCAGCAUCCUGCAGGAGCGGGUAGCACGGCGGUGUGUGGAGAGGGUCUCCAUCGGUGACAAUGAAUGGAUGAAGGCUUCGAGGAGAAGCAGCAGGCUGACUGUGGCAGGGACCAAAAUGGGAAGGCGGCAGGCACAAAGGAAGAGUCCUCAGUCGCAGUGCCUGAUCCAGAGUCAGGAAAACAACCAUGAGAAGAGACCACAAAGAAGAAAGCACAAGUCUAACACUUCUUUGACCAAAUGCAGUGCUUUUCAUCAAAGACUUCCUUUCUCCUGCAGUGCUCAGGGAACCUCCAUGUCUCAUCCAGCAGCCUCUGAAGAAGACAAAAUGAUGAUAGAGGUGUCAUCAACUGCUGAGCGCUGUGUCCAUAGAAAACACACACGAACAGGCAUGAGAGCAAGCAAACACACAAUUGACCAGCCCUGCUACAGCCUGCCUCAUUCCAGUCCUGACCAGCAAGAAGAGCUCUCACCCAAGCGGGAGGGGGAAGCUCUGAGCAGACCUCUACAGCAGGACAGUGACACAGACUUGUCUGAGUCAGAAAGACUUCCCUUGUCCUCCAGUCCAAUCGCCUCACAACUUGAGCUCAGGCCCGAGGUCAUCGAGGAUGAAGACCCAAACUCUCCCAGCCUGAGAGUCAGAGCAGGGGACCAUGGAGAAUUUGACUUCCCAGACUUUCUCCCUCCACCUUUUAAUUCAUGGAGCCUCAGUCAGCUGGCUUUCUUCUACAACACAGAGGACAGAGGGGCCCCUCGGCCAAGGCUCAUGGGCACUUUGGAGAGGUUCCUGGAGAGGUUGCUGCAGCUGGAGUGGUACCAGAUCCAGACUGUCAAGGCGGAGCAUGGCACACAGGAGGUGUCAGGAGUGCUAUCCAGCUGUCAGAGGUCGACCGCUUCUGCCCCAUCACGCCUUAGCUCUCCUAAAUGCAUCCUCCAGUGCCAGCGUGCCUUUCCCCUCACCCUCCUGUCCUCACUGGCCAGCCACUCCACCCUACUGCCUGGCUGUGUCUGCACUCUCUGCCGGAUCUGUUACUCCACCCGUAACACAUCAUGCUGCCGCUCCAUCCACAGCCACAGUCAUCCGUCCAGACUGAGUCCGAUGAUAGAUUGCAGCAGAAGGCCUGCACCGCUCCCUAAAAGGAGCUACAGCGAAAGCCGGGUCCUCUCCACAGACAGAAUGCUCAGGGCUCAGAUGGUCGUCAGCCCUGCAAGGACCAACAGCCACUUGAAGAGGAUGCAGGCUUCAGGAAACAUUCGCAAUCCCAUCCAAGGUGCUUCACGAAGGUCCCAUUCCUCCAUCAGGGGCUGUAGUGACCAGGCUGGGAGAGGGAACGAGUCAGACUGUACAGUUGGACUGGUCAGAAAGAGGAGUAGCUCUGAGCAGAGGAAAUGUGGAGGAGACAGGCAACUGAAGGGGUCAGAGAAAGGCCAGAGCAGUUCUCAGUGUAGAAAAGGAAGAGCUGAGCGGGGCAGAGCAGUUGGCUGCACAGAACUGGAAAUAAAACCAGAUGCUGUAACUGCAAUUAUAGAUAAUUUGCCCAGGUCCAAAUAUUCCCCAAUCCAGAUGCCCAGCAGGUCCAAACAUGUUGAAUUUGUUACAUAACAGCAAGCUGUCUGUAAGCUCAGACACUGUCAUCAUUUAAAGACUCGAUCAUUAUUCAAAUGUUCUCAUUACUGGUUUUUUGGUUAUUUCAGCUGUAGACAUGAUUACAAGCAUAAUGUGAUAUUUACUGUAAAACAUCUGGAACAUACAUCAAUGUUUACAUGAACAUUUGUCAUGGAACAUGGAGAUGAAAAGAUCUAUUUGUUGUUUUCUAAAAGAUCCCAGGUUGUCAUCAACAAUCAGCUACGCUACCUUACAAAAGUAUUCAUGCCCCUUAAACUGUUUUAUAUUUUGUCACAUUACACACACAUGCUUUAAUGUAUUUUAUUGCAUUUAUGUGGUAGGCCCACACUGCAGGGAUUCUUUCAUGGAGCUUGGAGAUGUGAAGUGGAAGGAAAGUUAUACAUGGUUUUAUUUUAUUUUUUUACAAAGACAAAUUUGAAAGGUGCACCAUGUAUUUGGAUUCACCCCCUCCAAUUGAAUACUGAAUUUAUGAGGCUGCAGGUCUCCACCAGCUUUAAUCAUCUACCGACUGACAUUUUUGCUGAAGAGCAUCAAUUUUCAAAACUUUAUGUUCUCAGUUGGAUUUAUGUUUGGACUUUGACUAGACCAUCCUAACACACGAAUAAGCUAUGAUCUAAAGCAUUCCAGGGCUCGGGCUGUAUAUUUAGGGUCGCUGUCUUGCAGGAAAGCGAACCUCCGCUCAGGUUUUCUGCUGCUUCUAACAGGUUUUCUUCCAGGAUCAUCCUGGAUUUAGCUUAAUCCAUUUUACCAUGAAUUCUGAACAGCUUCCUAUCAUUGCUGAAGAAAAGCAACCCCACAGCAUGAUGCUGCAGCUACCAUGUUUUACUAGGUGCAGAGAUGGUUUUCUGCCACACACAGUGUUUUGUAUGUAGACCAAACAGCUCAAUCCUGGUCUAAUAAAAGCACUUUUACUCACAUGUUUGCUGUGUCCCAUACAUGACUUGCUGCAAACUGCAAAUACGGCUUGUGGAAUUGGUCUUAAACUUUUUUUAAGGCAAUAUUUGUGUAGUGUACAACUAAUAGCUGUCUUAUCAACAUAUUCCUUCCCCUGAGCGAUGGAUCUCUGCUGCUCCCCCGAAGUUACCAUGGGCCUCUUGCCUCCUUCACUGAUCGAUGCUCUCCUUGGCAGCCUGUCAGUUUAGGUGGACGUCCAUGUCUUGGUAGGUCUGCAGUUGGUCCGUCCACUACAUGGUCAGAUGAUGGAUUGAACAGAACUCUGGGAGAUGUUCAAAGCUUGGGAAAUUGUUUUAGAACCUAACCCUGCUUUAAACAUCACCACAACUUUCUCCCUGACCUGACUGAUGUGUUCCAUAGUCUCCAUGAUGCUGAUUGUUCUCUAAUGUUGUCAAAAGAAUCUCUGAGGCCAGAAAAAGAACAGCUGCCUAUUCAGUUAUAUUCAAUAAAUUAGAAUGUCAUGAACAGAAAUAAAUGCUUGAAAACAACA